UAGAUGACAGCAGCGCACAUGGUGGUGGAGGCUCAGCCACUCCCCGUGUGGGCCCGGCCCCCUGCUCCUCCUGCUCCCACUGAACACGCUGCUCACUGCGCACGCCUCCCUCUCUCCUCCUCUCUCCGGCUGCUGCUGCUCCUCACCAUCAAGAAGUCUCUCUCUUCUUUAUUGUGCCGUAUUAACGCGAGGCUGUAUUUUUUUGCAGCGACGCGAGGUUUAUUGCGUAAAAUCUUGUGCCUCUCUCCACGAUUCUUUUGUUUCUGACCCUGCGCUCUCCUUGACUAUCACCUCUCCGUCCGGCUGGAACACGGUGUCCUCUGGGGGUGGAAAUGACGGCCAAGCAUCGCAAACCGAAAAACAACCACAAACACGAAGAUAACUUUUUCAAAAAUGAAGUGGUUGAGUCCGAAGCCCGCGCCGGGGGCAAUAAUUACGCAGCGCUGCUGGUUUUAUUCCUGAUGAUCGUGAUUGGCGGUGCCGCUGGCGCAUGGCUGUGUCUCCAGCAGCACCAAACUUUAACCCACCUGACAGACAACCUCACGGCCAUGCAGAUGAAGGUUGUGAAACUCCAGUCAUCCCAUGAAGAAAUGCGACAGUCCAGUAAUAAGCACAUGUCGGAGAGUGUGGAGAACCGUCUGAUUGCACUGGAGGAGUCUUAUGCACUGGCCCAGAAACAGGUCGGCAUGGCCCUGGCUACGGCUGAGCAGCUCAAGAUGACAGACCUCCCCUCUCAGGUGCUUUCCCUCCACACAGAGAUGAAAACCCGCCUGGCCGAGAUGCAGCAAGCCACAGUUUCCCAGGAGCAACUGGGCCAGCUGCAGACCAUGAUGAAGGAAAAGAGCGAGGAGUUUGAGGACGUCAGGGUUCAGGUGGAGGGUCUGACCUCUCUGAGCGCGGAGCUGUCUCAGACGGUGGAGGCCUUAAUGGAGAGCCUGGGAGACGCAGAAUCCAAGCUGGAGGAGAAAGGUGGGCUGCUCACCACACUGAGCACGGCCCUCAUCGAACAGGCUGCCGAGGUGCUCAAACUGAAGGAGCAUGUGGACGCCCAGCAGGCUCAGCUGAUGGCCGGCACACAGGAGGUGGCGACUGUCAGAGAGUUGCUGGAGAAUGAGCAGUCCCAGCAGGCCAGUGUGGAGGAGCAGCUCAGCACGGUGCAUCAGAGUCUGCAGGAACAGAACUCAGCGGCCCAGAGUCUGCACUCUGAACUCAGGGCUCAGCUGGAGAACAUUCAGGAACAAGUUACCCAGCUGGCGCUUGAUGUGCAUCCUGCUGAAGAGCCUGUGCAACAGACAGUCGAAGAAGAAGCAGCUGCUACAGAUGAAGCGCCUGUUGAGCAGGAGGUCCCUGUCGCUCCUGCAGAGGAGGUGAAGGAGGAGGAGGAAGUGGAGAUGACACAGGAGAGCCAGGAAAUAGCAGAAGGAGAGAAAGUUCUAGAGGAGUCGCCCGUCGCGGAGGAGAGUGAAAAGGCAGAAGAGGAGGUAGAGAAGGAAGAGCCGCUGCUGGAGGAGGCAGAUGAGGGAGAGGAGCCGUUAGAAAAUGAUGCUUUACCGCAGAAUGAAUAGGUUUUUCUGGACACACUCAACCAAGGAGGAUGGGGAACUUUCUCAGUCUAAAGACACUGUCUACAAUAAGACGAAUUCUCUAGGCAGGCUUUAUAGAUCGCUGCUGUUUAGGUGCUGUCUUCACUGUGUGGUUGCUCUUUGAAAGGCAGACAAAACCAGAAGAGCUCAUUCACUGUGCUGGAGCUGGAACAUGAAAUACGACAUGGCUGUUUAUGUUUGAAAACAACUAAUUCAGGAUUUUUUUACUUGCAAAUAACGAUCUCAGAAGCCUUAAUUCAUACAAAGUGACUGUCUUUCUAUAGAGCAUUUUCCACUCUUCAUAACUUGCACUUUUUUUUUGUCAGGGUUAGGUCUGUACUAAACUGGAAAACUGCAAACCAAUGACACAACAAGAACUGUUUAUCAGUGCACUUGAAGCCAUGAGAAAAGCCUGUCUCUGUGACAUGAAAUAUGUGUCUUGUUGUCACUGCCUGAAAUGUUUUUUAUUAAAGAUAAAUGCAGAAUAA